AUGAGUGGGUGGGUGGGUGGGUGGGUGGGUGGGUGGGUGGGUGGGUGGGUGGGUGGGUGGGUGGGUGGGCCCUCAACUACUGAACUGACAGAUACCAGACGCUCAGAUACACAGGCAGCUGCUUCAGACGUCGCGUCGGAUACACAGCUAGCGCACCUGCCUUCCCCAACAGGGGGCUGGGCGGGGACUGGCAUCCGCCAAGCACCAUCAACAGACAGCCUUGCUCGCCAUUCGUUGCAAAGCAUAAUAGAUAGCUUGCAACCCAAAGCUACGGGAAGCAGCUUUCGUGAGGAAGCCCGGCUGGAAGCCACACCGCUGGGCGAAACAGUUGCUCCCGCCAGCUUGGCCCCAAGCUCAAAAACACCAUCGCACAGCAGCGUUGACAACAUUGAAGGAGUUUCGGUUGGCGAAGACAGUCCUUCAGCGCCUUCUAAGAAAGACUCCGAGGCCCAGCGGCUCUUGCCUGUGGCCACGGUCAACCUGCCGGGCUCAGCCGAUGCGGGCCCCGGCAGCGGCGGCCCUAGAGGCAGCACCCCCGACCUCCUGCGCUUGGAGCGCGUGGAGCUGCCGCCGCCGCCACCGCCGCCGCCGCCCUCCCUGCAGCUGCACCAGCAGCAGCAGUCCCCUGAGCCCAGGGGGGCCAGCCGACACCAUUCCGGCUGCGAGCUGCUGGUUGCCGUACCGGAAAGUACGGACUACAUGUACGAGGAGGAGGAACUUGACCGGCUGGCCAGGUCGCCGCAGUUCCUUAGUGAACGCGCAAAGGACCCGGGCUUCACGUUGCUCCACUUCGUGGCCAUGCUGGGCCACGGGAUGUUGGCGGAUGCGCUGCCGGACGACAUGAUGUCCCGGUACCACCAUUUCGCCCGCCUGGCGUCCUGCCUGAUCUCCCGGCAGAGGGUGGAAGUGUUCGCAACGGACAAGUACGGCUGUACCCCUCUUCAGUUGGCAGCUGCAAUCGGCAACACGGAAAUGGUCAGGGUGCUGCUGGAGCCGUAUGAUUUUGAGACCUCGGGCUCGGAGGUUCUGCCGCAGAACUACCACGGCUACGAUUACCUCAACCACCAGGACAGCCAGGUCUGCUUCAGCGCGCUCCACGGUGCCGUGAAUCAUAACGCGCAUGACGCGGUGAUCCUGCUUCUCAAGCACGGGGCGAACCCGCAGGCGCUGGAUGUCACCCGCAAAACGGCGUUUGAGGUGGCGCCCUCCCUGGUGUCCCUACAGGAGCUGCUGCGGCUGGCGGUGCAGCGUCAGGAUGAGGUGCCGAGGUCCGUCAUUGUGCAGCUGAUGGCGGUGGUGCUGGAUAAGCAGACUAAGGAGGGCGGCACGCAGGACGGCAAAGGAGCUACGACGGCGGUCGCCGCAACUAGUGGUGGUGGUGGUGGUGGACCUGAUGGCCCCAACCUGCAGGAUUCCAAAGGAAGUCGCUCGUUUCGGGCGCAGCAGCGCUGGUCUAAGGCUGCCCGGUAUGCGACUUCUGCGGCGCAGGCACCAGUGAUCCCAGCACAGCGCUUCACUUCCGCCAUCAUUGAGACCAUCGGCAACAUGCACAACUCGGACGUGGCAUCCACCAUCCGGCGCCACUUUGGAAAGCUGUAUGAGGCGAAACGGUACGACGUACUUGUGGAGUACGUCAUUCUGGCCAUCAACAGCAAUCAGUACAGCUUAACGGAGAUGAUGAUUGAGCGCAUCUGCAACGACUGUCCGGACGUGCUGGCCAACUCCAAGUGGCACGAAACCCUGGAGCCGCUCGUGUGCACCUACCCCACUCUCUUUCAUGGCCUGCUCUUCAAGCUGCAGGACAUGCGCGACGAGGACGUCCGCGGGUUCGUUCGCUGCCUGACACCCUCCACGUUGCAGACGGGGGGUUACCGGGGGCGGCCUCAAUCCGUGAAUCCCUUGAUGGCCAUGUCGCAGCGGGGGAUGACCAAGGCACAUGCUGUGGACCGCGUGAAGCUGCUCAUCUACCAGCAACUGGUUGAGGGCCUGAAAAAGGUGAGCUACCGCAUCAUCAAGACCUUCUUCGAGGAGUCCGAUCAGCGGCUGCUCAACGACAUGGCGCAGUUCCCCAUCUUUGCGGAGUUCGUGGGGCUGGUGGCCAACAUGGACACGGGGAAGGCCAUUGGGGAAUCUGACGACAUGCGGCAGGCGCUUUUGGAUCUCUUGCGGCCGCCGAAACCUCCCACACCCGCUACUGCCGUUGUGCCAGUGGCCCCGUUUGCCAAUGCCGCAGUGGCGGCUCAGGCCAUUGCCGGCGGUGAUGCCUCGACGCCGGUGACGCGGCCGUCGACGGCGAUCUCCGCCGCCGCUGCACUGCCGCGGCCAUCAGAUGCGCCCCCUGUGACCAUGGCCUGGGGAAGUGUCGACUCGAGGAAAGUCCUCCUCGCCGCCAAGGAGAGCGCCGCCGCCCCUAAGGUCUCCUUCAAGCUCGAUGCGCCCCCCAGGGAUGAGGGCCUGGGCAUAGGAUCCGAUUGCGGAGUUGUUGGUGCAGCGGGAGCUGGUGGGGUUGGUGGAAGUGCUGGUGACAGCGGACAACUGAGCAGCCUCAUGACAUCGGGCGGCAGCGGAAGGUUGAGUACUGGCGGCACCAGCAUUGGCCAGCUUAGCUCGGUCAGCGCCGCCAGCGGACGGUUGGGGAGUGGACGCAGCGCCGGUGGCGGUGGUGGAAGUAGCGGUGGUGGUGGUGAUGACGAUCGUCUUCGCCGUCAAGCUCGGUUUGGGAGUGGAGCCGCACGCGGAUUCGGAAGCGGAGGUGAAAGCUACGGCUAUGGUGACGAGGGGGAGGCUGAGGACGACGACGUGAAGCGGCGGCGGGCCCGGUUAUCGCUUCAGACUCUGAAUGCGCGGCCGGUGUUGUGGGCAGCUGUCAAGGCGGGCAAGGCGUACAACGUGGAGACGACGGUCAUGAGCAUCGUGUCCUGGGUGGAGACCAACAGCAAGGAUGGCAAGGCUGUUUUCGUGGCGGGUAUCACGGCUGACCUAAUCCAGGAGCUGGCCAUGCGCUUCCCCAGCGCCUGCGCCACCUUGCUCAACUUGGUUAGCAAGGACGUUUUGGAGCAGCUGGACACUCUGCAGGUAUCCGCCAACGUGUUGUACGGCAAGGAUCACCUCGUCAAGUGUAGCCACGUCAGAAACCACUUCACGUGGAGGGAGCAGGAGCUCAGGAAGCUCAUAACGCUCAACCAGGGGUACAACGAGCACGUGGUGGAUGCGCUGGUGGAUUACGGGGUACCGUUUGAGUGCGUGUACAAGGCGGCUGUGGAGAUGGGGGCCACACCCCAGGAUUGCGCCACCCCGGAGCACUUCGCUGCGCUUAUCGAGCACGGGUUCACGGGCCCUGAGCUGAAGCAGCUGAUCAGUAACGGCAUCCGCCUCGCCAAGGUCAUUGGCUACAUAGAGGAGUGCGCCAAGCCUCCCCCCGACGGUGUGGGGUCCGAGUUCGUCAACCAGCUGAAUGUUGCUAUGCCGGUGUUGUUGCGCGACAUGCUGAAAGAGCGGCUCAGUCCUCGUAUUGUGGACAUCAUUCUGAGGGAGGAGAAAAUGUUCGAAACCACCAAGUACAACAACUUCCGACCGGGUCGGCCGCUGCGCAAGGUCUUCCCGGAGCGACUUUUUGUGCCCAAGUACACGCACCAUUUCGUACAGAUGUUGCUGAUCAUGUGGCAGCGGGGCAACAAGGACGGCCAGGGCAGGGUGACUCUGCGGCCCUGGGCAAAGGAGUUCAUCGACACGGUGUUUGAGCUCAACGACCCGCUAUCCACGAAGCUGAAGAGCGCGUACGACAACAAGCUCACAGACACGCAGGCAAGGCUCACAGUAUACAUCCAAGGGGGGGACAACCCGGCGGCGGAGGGGGCCCUGGAGUCCAAGUCCUCAGGCUGGCUCCGGGACCAGCAGCAGAGCCAAGUGCAGGUGGCGGAUGAGGAGAAGGCCAAACAGGCGUACAUCCGCCAGCUACUGAGGAUCUUUAUCGGCAACAACUUGCUGAUUCACCGCUGGCCCGUGUACCUGGCGGCGCACCUGUGGGUGUUUCUGGACGGUGCCUUCAAUACCUACUGGCAGCGCCUGGAGGCCUUGUACUACCGGAAAAAGGCCAGGAGGCUCGGGCUGCAGAUGAGCCUAGCCAAGAAGGCGCGCUCCGGGACCAUUGAUGCAGCAGUGCUGGCAUUUCCCAUCUUGGGCCUGCUGCAAUCCGACGGCGGCGACAUCCUGACGGCGCUUGUGCACGCCGAUGCGCCAUCAUCCUGGUUCCACUACGCCAUUGUACGGGCAAUGUACGGCCUCCACUGGAGCAACUUUGGGCGGGUGAUGGUGUACCUAAAUGCCGCCGUGCAGCUGCAGUUGGCGUCCGUGUUCCUCACGUUCUUUCUACUGGUGCUCAACUACCCGCCGCUGGCCAACGGCACCGAGGAGGAUCUGGGGAGGAUGAACAGCAUUCCGAUCAUCCAGGGUGUGCUGUGUGUGGCCGUGGUGCUCAGCACGAGCAUGCUCAUAGAAAGGCUCCUGGAGGCCCGUGUCCCCCAGCUCGGUACCUGGGUGUCCUUUGGCCGUCGUCUGGAGCUGUGCUGCCAUGGCAUGGUGUGGACCGUGGCGCUGAUCGUGUGGCGGGGGCGCUCCACCGACCUGGUGCCCGCCCUGAGCGGCCUGACCAUGUUGCUGUUCGUGGCACGGCUGACGUUGUUUGGACUCAUUACCGAGAAGCUCAGCACGGCGGUGUUGGCGCUUCUGGAAAUCCUGAGCGACUCUAGGUACUUCUUCCUGCUGAUCGCACUGGUGUACGGCGGUUUCGUACUGGCGGUGGCGGGUCUGCGUCAGCAGACCGAGCACCGGCCUGCCAUCUACACGUCCCAGCUAUUCACGGUCUUGCUGGGGGACUUCCAGAGCUCCCAGCUGGCGGACGACGAGGAGCGCAGUGUGUGGCGCUUCCCGGAGUUUUCUCUGGUCCUGUUGUCGUUCUACGCAAUGCUGAUGCUGAUUGUGUUCAUGAACCUGUUGAUUGCCACCAUGAACGACACCUACGAUCGAGUCAAGGAAUUCCGCGAGGUCGAGGUGAUGCGACUGCGCUCACACAUGAUGGUGUUCGUGAAGGACUUCAUCAGGCGGAAGGGAAGAAAGGAGCUGGCGCCGCUCAACGGCGACGUGCUGCACCUGCUGCUGCGCCCCGAGGAAGUGAAGUCGGGGCGAUGGCUGGCCCAGAGCGGCAGUGAACCCUCCGAGUACUCGGCCUGGGCGGGUCGCAUCACCUACAUGCGAUCCACCAUUGUGCGGGAGGUGGAGGCGGUGAUGCGUAGUCACGCAGAGAAGGCAACGGAGCAGCUGGGGGCUAUUCAGCAGCGCCUGGAAAAAUUGGAGGGAAAUGCCGUGGCCGCUGCGGCGGCGGCAGCUGCAGCGACGGCGGCCCCUGCGGCGGCCGGCGAGCAGUUUGCCGCGUUGGAACACCGCCUUGGGGAGAUGCAUCGGGGUCUGGAGGCGCUGCUGUCCCGGCACAGUGCUGGUGGGAAAGUGCGCGAGGAGGGAGCGUGCCUCACCCUAGUCGUGCCGUACUGGACGGCCCAACCUUGGUGGCAACAGUUGAUGGAGUUGGCGGUUGACCUUGUGUUCCUGCCGUCGAAUACGGAGCUGUUUGCGCCGGGCGAGGGUGACACCUCGGUUCCGGAGCCAGCUCUAGUAAACCUCACGGUCAUCUCAGUGGCCGCCAGCCGCCAUUCCGCCAUUGCGACUGCCGAUGGCGUGGUUUGGACCAUGGGACACAACGACUCAAAGGGCGGCGGCGGCCAUGGAAGUCCUCCGUUGGAUGCUUCAGGGCAACUGGGUCGUGCCGGGACCAAGGAGCCUGGUCCCGUGGAAGGUCCCCUGCGCGGCAAGUUUGUGGUGCAGGUGGUGACGGGGCGUUACCACACCAUGGCCGUCACUGAGGAUGGGGAGCUCUACUCCUGGGGCCUCAACGACUGGGGGCAGCUGGGCCGGCCCGCGGUGGGAGCCACGUCGGAGUCGGACCCCACACCCUGCACCGCGGGGCCAAGCUGCCACUCGGGGAUCCCCGGCCUGGUGUCCCUACCUGGCGGCGUCCGCGUGGUGGGUGCUGCUGCCGGUCGCUAUGUGAGUAUGGCGGUGGACGACUCAGGACGGUUGUACACUUGGGGACAUGAUGGAUGCUCCAACGGCGGAAAGCUGCCUGAGCGGAAUGAGGCCUACAAGCCGAAACUGGUCAGCGGAGAACUGGCAGCCAAGCGCGUGGUUGCAUUCGACGCGGGCUACGUGUUCUGGAUUGCUGCUACGGCGGAGGGCGAGGUGUACACGUGCAACUCGCAGGACGAUGGGUACGCGGGCACGCUGUCCAGUCGGAGGGCACCGAACAAUGCCGGUGAACUGGGCCGCGGAGGAGACCCGCUGGUGCCAGGACGAGUGGAGGGCGGGUUGGUGGGGAAAAAGGUUGAGGCUGUCGCUGCGGGCCGCGAGCACGCCGUGGUGUCGACUGCUGACGGCAAGGUGUUCACGUGGGGCAGCCGGGAUCUGCUGAUGGGCCGCAAGGGGAACUCCAGGGAGCCCGGACAAGCGCUGGGUGCUCUGGGGGCCGAUAACAUCCGCUUCGUGUCAGCGGGAGAGUACCACAGCGGUGCGGCCUCCGAGACCACUUUGUACGGCUGGGGCAGCAACGGCUACUUCUGCACUGGAGUGGGACGCGGCAACCCCGUACAGGGCGUCAUCGCCCUCGGCGGCUGGCAGGUCCAGGCCAUGGUGGGGGGCUUCCAACAUGGCCUCGCCAUCGCCGCGAACAAGGGGGGACGCUGGGAAGUUAUGGGCCACGGUCGCCAAAUGGCGCGAAGGGCGGUGAGCAGGAACUUGGGCGGGGGCCGCAGCGCCUUUCAGUUGCACUCCAUGACCGCGGGCGCCUUGAGCUCUCUGGCUUCGGCGACACAGGUCGCGUCCUCCGUUGCAGUGACAGGGAUAGGGACAGCGGUGGCGACGGCGGCCAGCAGGCCGGCCGGCGGUGGCGGUGAUGGCGGCGAUGCUGCCGUGGCGCCAGCGAGGCCCGUGGCAGCUUUGCUGCAAGCAGUCGACACCUCGGCACCCGACUACCACACCCGCUACCUGGCACCGCAGCUACACCCCAUCGAACUCAACGCCUCGGAGCAUUGGCGGCGCUACGUUCGCUCUCCGCGCUUUGAGUUGAUCCAGGUUGUCGGGGCGUGUUGGCGGAUGGCAGGGGAGCGCCUCCGCUGCAUUCCCUUCUACCACAUCCUGGGGGUCUCGAAAUGCGGCACCACCGACCUCUACCACCGCCUUUCCAAGCACGCAUUGCUGUUCAAGUCAAGAAAUAAGGCGAGAUGCGGUGGGAUGGGGCCCCACUGGUGGGACGAGUGCAUCCACCCGCCUGUCGGGCCCUGCACCGCCCCGCCAAAUGGUGACUUUGACGGCUACGUGGAGCUCUUCGCGGACGCAGCCGAGAAGAUCCGCAACAUCCCUGACGGCAUCACGGGGGAGGCCUCCUCCAACACCUUCACUUCAGCUGCUGGAGUGUAUCUGCGUGGGCCCUCCUGGGACCGCAACACCACCGUGACGAUGCCGGAGCUGAUGCGGGAGGCAAGUCCCUUCCUCAGGAACAUCAUCAUCUUCCGCAACCCAGUCGACAGAUACUACUCGGCAUUCUACUACUACAGGCGUUGGGACAGGACUCAGGCCCCACCGGGCCCCGACGAAUUCCAUGACGCUGCGGAAAAGGAGAUUGCGGCGUGGCGCUCCUGCACGGACCAGAAAGACCUUAAGUACUGUGUGCGGCAUUACCACCCCCAACAGCUGGUCAAAGGCAUGUACUCCGAGUUCAUUAUGGACUGGCUGGCUCACUGGCCCCGAGACCAGUUGCUGUUCCUGCGCAACGAGGACUACAGCGCGGCUACUCGGGUGCACUUGGAGGCCGUGUUUCAGUUCCUGGAUGUGCGGAGGCCAACAGAGGAUGAGUGGUUCAAGAUUGUGGGCAUGGAGACUCGCAACAAGAACAGCGACAAGUACCAGAAGAUGCUGCCAGAGACCAGGACCAUGCUCGAGGAGUUUUACCGGCCUUUCAACGAGCGCUUAUCGGAGAUCCUGGGCGACGACAGGUGGCUCUGGAGGGAUUCUCCAGGGACAACCACCUCUUCCGCUGCUGCCAGCACCUCGUAG